UUCGAUGUAAUACACACUUACAGAGACAUGUAGGGGAAACUAAAUGAGUUGGUCGUCUGACCAUGUCCCUACUAAAGCCUGUAACUUUGCCCUGAUUCACUUUAUCAGCAUAUGGAUUUCAAGAGGAAUGGGCUUCAUCUGCAAUAUUACAUAGGACAUAUUCACUCUGAAUACACCAAUAAUGAAUUUGAAAAAAUGUAAAAAAAAAAAGACAGUGACUGCGGGUCUUCUCCUGCCGAACAGAGACGACUCUAGCCGGCGCUCGCUCGCCACAAACAACCGCAUCCGGGGUCGCGGAGCUCCGCUCCAGACCAGUGGGUGGCGCUAGUGGCCGGAACCGGAAGCACAGGGAAAAUGUCCAAAAAGUCCAAAAAGAGAGUGCGCAAGAAGUUUUCUUCCUCCUCCAGUGAGGAAGACGAGAAGGUAUCCAAACAUCAAGAUGUCACCAAGAGUAGCAAAAGUGAAAAGAGGAGGCUGGAAAGCUGUGCAGCGAGGCAGGACAGGUCUGUUUCUUCUUCAACCAAAGAUGAAUCCCAAAGUACCCGCCUGAUCAAAAAGCCAGUCUACAGACGGAAGCAGACAGAAGCAGAGGCAACAGACUGGAAACCUGUUAAUAACGCAGACGAAUUGCCAAAAACAAAAAGUGUCUCUUUGCCAUUCCACCGGGGAAAUUGCUCUGGUAAAGCAACGGAUUAUAUUUCAGGGAAAUAUCAAACUGUCAGUGGGAGUAAGAAUGUGGAACGAGGACCCGCAAAGCCAUGGCGCUCUGACACGCCAGGUACAGGUUCGCAGAAAACGGAGCGGAUCUCCAAACGAAGCUCAGCUGUAAAGUCUUCCCAGAGGACGUCUUCAAAUUUGGAAAAGCUAACGAGUCCAACUUUGGUUUCUGCUGAAUGGGAGAAACAUAGACACAAUGUACAGAAAAAGAAAUGCAGAACUGAGGAGCCACCAAGGACUGGAAGUGAGAGCAAGAACAGGAAACUGAUCAAGACCAGGGAACCGUGCAAGACCAGGGGAACGAGUAAGACCAGGGAACCGAGCAAGACCUGGGAAACGAGCAAGACCAGGGAAUCGAGCAAGACCAGGGAACUGAGCAAGACCUGUGAACAGAGCAAGACCUGGGAACAGAGCAAGACCUGGGAACAGAGCAAGACCUGGGAACCGAGCAAGACCAGGGAACCGAGCAAGACCUGGGAACAGAGGAAGACCAGUGAACCGAACAAGACCUCGGAACCGAGCAAUACGAGCAAGACCUGGGAACCGAGCAAGACCAGGGAACCGAGCAAGACCAGGGAACUGAGCAAGACCUGGGAACCGAGCAAGACCAGGGAACCGAGAAAGACCAGGGAACCGAGCAAGACCUGGGAACCAAGCAAGACCAGGGAACCGAGCAAGACCUGGGAACAGAGCAAGACCAGUGAACCGAACGAGACCUCGGAACCGAGCAAUACGAGUAAGACAUUGGAACCGAGCAAGACCUGGGAACCGAGCAAGACCUUGGAACAGAGCAAGACCUGGGAACCGAGCAAGACCAGUGAACCGAACGAGACCUCGGAACCGAGCAAUACAAGUAAGACAUUGGAACCGAGCAAGACCUGGGAACCGAGCAAGACCUUGGAACAGAGCAAGACCUGGGAACCGAGCAAGACCAGUGAACCGAACAAGACCUCGGAACCGAGCAAUACGAGCAAGGCCUGGGAACAGAGCAAGACCAGGGAACCGAGCAAGACAUGGGAACCGAGCAAGACCUGGGAACCGAGCAAGACCUCCUCUGUCUCCAGAGAUUCUUUACAGCACAGGAGAAAGGAGUUGGUCAAAAAGAUGUGCCAAAGGCAUCGAGAAAAUGAGUUUAAGGCCAAAAGGAGACUGUGCACAGUAGCAAAACCUCUAUAUGCCUCUUCCACAAACCAGUCUUCCACUUCAGCCAAGCACACUACCUCAGAGAGUCGCUCAAAGCUAUUGGAGAAUGUCACCUCAGUGCCGGGGAGACUCUCACCACAUUCACAUGAGGAAGCAAGGCCAUCAUCUGCUCAGAAAGAUUCUGCACAGAAAGAUUCUCUCACACCAUCUCUUCCUCCAAAGUUUAAGAUGACAUUCUCAUCACAUUCACAUAAGGGAGCAAGGCCAUCAUCUGCUCUGCAACAGAUAGAUUCUCUCACACCACCUCCGCCUCCAAAGUUUAAGAUACCAAAGAAGAUUCAAAUAGGGCCAAUAACUGGCAGACGUUACAACAAUGACCCUAUUUCAGCAAACAGAAUUCUCAAACGUGAGCAACAUGAGAUCUCAGACUCUGGGGCCACAAUAAGAAACUCCAAGCAGGAAACGGUCCAACAACAUCACAGCUUUGUGUAUGUAACUCCGAGCUUUUCACCUGAAGCACAAGAUAAGAGCUUGUCCUUGUCUGACCAAAUCCCAGCUGCGUGCGAUGCCGCCCCCGAGCUGUGGUAUGACCAGAUGCAGUUGGUUGACGAGCUUCAUCUUGCCCGCACUGAGAAGAAAUUAGAGGUGAACAUAAUGCAGAGCUACGGAGAACUCACUUGUAUGGAGAUAGACCCCCAGGAGGAGGGGGCUACAGAUGUUUACUGCAAACAACCCCCUCCGCAAAACCUCAUCCUCGUCCUGGACACCAACGUCCUUCUCAGUCACCUGGAUUAUGUGAAGAAGACCCGGUCUCAUGGUCUUGGAGCCCUGGGCUGCCCCGUUGUGCUGAUCCCCUGGGUGGUGCUUCAGGAGCUGGAUUCCCUAAAAAGGGGAAGAGGCCUGUCAGGUUCUGUGGCGCACCUGGCCACCCCCGCCAUCUCGUACAUUUACAACACUCUGAAGGACCGGGAGCCGCACCUCUGGGGCCAGUCCAUGCAGCAGGCCGCCGAGAGCAGUAAUGGUCUGAAUGCUGAGAAUAAUGAUGACAGAGUUCUGCAGUGCUGCCUGCAAUACCAGAGUCUGUACCCAGGCUGUGCUCUCAUGCUAUGCACUAAUGAUAAGAACCUUUGCAGUAAAGCCCUGCUGAGUGGGGUUAGGGCCCUCAGCAAGAAUGAUUUGGAGGCAGAAGUUGUGAGAUCCAGUCAUGGCCUCCACCCUCUGCACAACUUUGAGACUCCAAUGCCGCCACACUCUAACCCUCAGAUCUCAUCACCGAUGCUGAGCAGGAGUUGCACGCAAGCACAGCCACACGUUCAAGGGAGAACAUGCCCUUCUCUAGGACUCGUGAUGAAAUAUAACCAGCAGCUCAGUGGAGGAGAAGGGGAGAAGGAGAAAUGGGACCUCAACAGAAGUGUCUCUGAACUAGAAGAAAGCUUGCGAGAGGUGCUGUCUGAUGUGUUGGAGGUGGAGAUGAAGGCCGCCUAUGAAGAACUGUGGUUAGAGAUAGUUUACCUAAAACCACCCUGGACUCUCCAGGAUGUCCUGCAGUGUAUGAAAAAACACUGGAUCGCCGUCUUUGGGCAAAUUGUCCCGCGUGGGAAGCAGCAAACUGUUUUGAAUCUCAUUGAAUAUUUCAACUCAGGUAAAACAAUGGACUGUGAUGAUACAUUAGCAGCCCUUCAAGAAGCAAAGGAGCUUGUUAAAGCGUUUGGGCGACGUUCAAGCCGUGUACCCGGUGCCGUUUCCAUAAUGGACAACAUUUUCAAUAAGCUACAACCUCAGGCUCCGGAAUCUCCUGUGUGUGACGUUGACAUGAACGACGACGAUGAAGACGGACAAGUUGUGUCUGCUCAGGUCUCUCAUCAGGAAGUGUGGUCCCUGUUUGAGAACGUCUGGUGUAAUGUGUAUCAGAUAAGCUUGGAAGUGUUCAAAGCGCUGGGCUUUGACCCUCACACCAUGCAGAGCGUUUGCCCGGCGGGAGGUCCUUCGCCACCACAUGACGCCUUGGCCUGUUUGCACAAACUGUCCUCCAUGGUCUCACAGCUGCUCCAAGCCUUCAGCAGUGUGUUGUCAUUAGUCCCUAGUUUGGAGAAAGUCCAGACACUGCUCAGCAUUAUCCACGCUAAUAAGAUCGUCGAUGUGGAUUCCAGAUUGACAGCCAUCGACCUACUUGAUUGUUUCUCACAACAGGAAUACAGGGAGAAGCUGCGAGUCGGAGGGACCCAGCUCCAGACGCUGAACGAGGCCCUGGACCGUUGUGUCGGGGUCACGGGUCAAACCGUCGCCUUCGCGCCGUCGCCUUGACGGGACUCGAGUCAGGACGUUUCUCACGUCCGCCAGAACGAUGCCUUGAAUAAACGGAUGUCCUCGACGAUAUUGUUCCGUAUCGCCUGAAUGAGUCUUAUGAAUGUUAAUCCAUUCAUCUGCACAUCAAUCUGUAAAUCAUUUGUUAAACAGACCUUGUAUGUUCUGCAUCAGAGUGAAGAGUUUUGUUUACAAUAUUGUUUGUCUUAUCUCCAGCCAAACGAUCACAUUUCAGCAGUGAUUAAUUAUCCUUUUUUUAUAUUUAAUGCGUUCAGUAUGUUUACCGAGAUUUAUGCAUAUAUUUUAUGUUGAUAAAAAUAAAAAAAAAGGUGCGUGUUUUCAUUAUUAUGAUCGAAAUGUUUAUAUUUGCUUUUGGCAGUUUGUUGCAUGAUUUUCACUUAAGAGUUUGGAUUAUUUAUUUAGCGAUACUUGUGUGAUGAUGAUAAAGAAACUGAUCCGAGGCGCCCCAGUCCCCACUUUGACAAUUGACUGCUUUUUUUUUUUUUACGACUAUCUUGGGCCUGUAAAAUAAAUCUAUAAUAACUUAGAAUAAAUAAUAACUUGUGAACACAAAAUAUAUUUUAAAUAAAAAAGUAAAAAGCUG